AUGGAAAUGUUGCUGAGGGGAAACCUGAGGAGAGGAGUGGGGCUCUGCCUCCUGCUGCUGGCUCUGGUGCAUGAGGCCACGGCCCAGAGAAGGAAGACGGGACGCAGGAACAGGCUGCACGCCGAUGGAGGAAAUGGUCUGCCAUGUUCACUGGAGGUGGCGUUCAUCCUGGACAGUUCAGAGAGUGCAAAGAUAUUCCUGUUCGAGAAGCAGAAAGCCUUCGUGUUGAGCUUCAGCACCCGCCUCUCCAUGCUGCACGUCGCCGGCUGGUCGCUGAAGAUGCGAAUGGCUGCACUCCAGUACAGCAGCUCCGUGUCCAUGGAGCACCGCUUCUCAGCCUGGAAGGACCUGGAUUCCUUUCACGGUCGAGUCAGCACCAUGAACUACAUCGGCCACGGCACCUACACCACCUACGCCAUCACCAACGCCUCAACCCUGCUGGUGCAGGAGACGCCGGCGGACAGCGUCAGGGUCGCGGUGCUGAUGACCGACGGGGUCGACCAUCCUCGCAACCCCGAUGUGAUCGCGGCCGCGGCAGAGGCCAAAGGUCACGGCAUUAAGUUCUUCGCUGUCGGUUUGUCCGACAUCGGUCAGCAGAGUCAGAACAACGCCAAGCUCCGGGCCAUCGCCAGCACGCCCGCUCAGCAGUUUGUCCAAAGUCUUCUUGACCCUCAGCUGGAGGAGAAGCUGCUCAAAGAGAUGGGUGCAGUCGCAUUUGAAGGGUGUCCACAGGCUCAAAUGUGUUUGUGUGAAAGAGGCGAGAGGGGCCCUCCAGGAGGUCCAGGUAGAAAAGGGGACCCAGGCUUCAGAGGGCCACCUGGUCUAAAAGGAGCAAGGGGGGAGCCUGGCUUGAACGGUCGACCUGGAAACGAUGGUCCAGAGGGUCGUCCAGGUUAUAAGGGCAACAAGGGGGAGAGAGGAGACUGUGGCACUCCUGGGGAGAAGGGUGACGCUGGACCCGAGGGGCCUCCAGGCCAGCAAGGACCAAAAGGAGAACAGGGUGUGAUGGGACUCUCUGGAGAUAUGGGACCCGAGGGCCCACCAGGACCCAAAGGAGACCGAGGACCCAGCGGCGUUUCUGGACCACCAGGGGACCUUGGUAUUGGAUUCCCGGGUGCCAAGGGUGAAAAGGGCAUUCAGGGCAGAGCAGGUCCCACAGGUCCUGUUGGGAUUGGAGAACCAGGACUACCAGGUCCCCCGGGACCAUCUGGAGCUCGAGGAAACCCCGGACAAACUGGAGAGGGACUCCCAGGCCCUAAGGGGGAUCGAGGACACGAAGGUCCCAGGGGCAACCGGGGACUUCCUGGGGUUGGGGUCAAAGGUGACAAGGGGAGUAACGGGCCGCCCGGGUUUCCAGGUCCAGUUGGGGCUCCUGGUUUAGGACUUCAAGGAGAAAAGGGCGAUCAAGGCCCAGCCGGCCCUGCAGGCCCCAGAGGAGCUCAAGGUGUCGGAAUAACAGGACCAAAGGGGAACCAGGGCCUCCCAGGUGAGCCUGGACUGACAGGUGAGAGAGGAGUUGGAGAGCCAGGACCCAAAGGCGACCCGGGGACAGAGGGGUUACCAGGAUUUCCAGGUGAGCCGGGAGAGGAUGGAGCCCCGGGACAAAAGGGUGACGUCGGGUUACCGGGGCCCAGAGGACUUGACGGGGUUCCUGGUAAAGGCACACCUGGAGCAAAGGGGGACCGAGGGGACAGGGGGACCAGAGGACAGCCGGGUGCAGUUGGGCCUGUGGGGCCGAUGGGGUCGAAGGGGGAACCAGGACUCAUGGGGCCACCAGGUGCAACCGGACCACCAGGCAGAGGUGUAGCUGGUGCCAAGGGAGAUCCGGGCCAACCAGGUCCAUCUGGAGCUGUAGGAGAGCCGGGGAGGGGUUUACCUGGACCCAAGGGGGACAGAGGGACUGCAGGGCCUAUGGGACCAUCUGGACUCAAAGGUGACGGUUACCCGGGUCCUCCAGGACUUCCGGGGCCUCCUGGUGUGACAGGAGAGACCGGAUCAGAUGGCGUCGGAUUACCUGGAGCCAAGGGAGACAGAGGCUCACCUGGACCUCCUGGACCUGCUGGACCGCCAGGAGUUGGCCUAAUUGGUCCCAAGGGUUCAGUCGGUCAGCUGGGACCACCUGGUGUACAGGGGUUACCUGGAGAGGGGAUCCAAGGACAAAAGGGGGAGACUGGUUUUCAGGGGAUCCCCGGCCCCAGAGGGCCUCCUGGACAAGGUCUGCAGGGGGACAAGGGGGAUCGAGGGUUCAAAGGUGAAAAAGGCAAAACGGGAGACAGAGGAGAACCUGGAGUGACCGGAGCCACUGGACCUUUGGGCAGAGUGGGACAAAAGGGAGACCCGGGACUUACAAGGGAAGAAAUCAUCAAAAUAGUGAGAUCCAUAUGCAGUUGUGGGGUGGCCUGCCGUCAGACCCCCUUGGAGCUUGUUUUCGUGAUCGACAGCUCCGAGAGCGUCGGCCCCGACAACUUCAACGUGAUCAAAGACUUCGUGAACACCCUGAUCGACCGCGCCUCGGUCAGCCGGGACACCACGCGGGUGGGCGUGGUCCUCUACAGCCACAUCAACGUGGUGGUGGUCAGCCUCAGACAGGAAGCCACUCGGGACGAGAUCAAGUCCGCGGUGCGCUCCAUGACCUACCUGGGCGAGGGGACGUUCACGGGCAGCGCCAUCCAGCAGGCCAACCAGGUGUUCAAGGCGGCGCGGCCAGGCGUGAGGAAGGUGGCCAUCAUCAUCACGGACGGCCAGGCGGAUAAAAGAGACAUGGUGAGUCUGGAGAGCGCCGUGUCGGAGGCUCAGGGGAGCAACAUCGAGACGUUUGUGGUCGGGGUGGUGAACGACAGCGACCCUCUGUACGAGGAGUUCAAGAAGGAGCUCCACCUCAUGGCCUCCGACCCCGACAGCGAGCACGUCUACCUGAUCGAUGAAUUCAGAUCACUUCUAGCUCUGGAGAGAAAACUGCUGAGUCACAUCUGCGAGGACGGAGAGAGACGUUUGUUCAGCUCCGUGCCGAGCUCCAGACUGCCUCCAGGAAUCCCCGAGGUCUCCGGUAACGUUCGAGAGCCUCCGUACAGGACCGACACGGACACCCCGACCUUCACAGGAGACUUCAGGAGGGUUCAGAUGGUGCCCGGCCCUCCUUCCUCCCCGAUCGACAGAGAGCCGAUCGCUCCGCAGAGACCGAAGACGGACGACAGAAGCUCCUCAGAGACUCAGAGGUUUCCUUUCUUCGACCGGGAGCCCUUCAGACCGGUCACCGAGUUCUUCCCACAGUUUGACAUGAAGGACCCCAACAACCACGUGAUGAUGACGGGCGCCAUCGGGCCGGCGGGCCCCACUGUGAAGGCCCCGCCUGAGAAGAAGACGCAGCCACCGCCACCGCCGCCGCCUCCAACUCCUCCACUGACUCUUUUUGACACAGACACAUCAGCAGAGCGCUGCAGCCACGUGCUGGAUCCAGGACCGUGCCGGGACUACGUGGUGAAGUGGUACUACGACGGCACGGCUAACUCCUGCGCCCAGUUCUGGUUCGGAGGCUGUCUAGGAAACAGCAACCAGUUUGAGACUGAGAAGAGCUGCAGAGAAACCUGCGUCAAGGUCUGACACGCACACGUACAUACCUGCAGUAACUGUGCCGCAAGCUUCACGUCAACUUCAGCGCCUUAGUCUUUUACUUGUAGUGACUUCGACAAGCAAGAUAAACAGCAAAAAGUUAUCAUUAAGCCACGUUAGCCUAAAAUGGAGUUAAAGUGUUAAAAAUGUUCAGUAUAUCUGUGAUGUUACUUACACACUGUGGAGCAGUUAUGUGAAAAAACAAAAACAACUUUGUAACCACUAACCUUUAUAUUCAGAAAGAGUAACCCUUUUGUAUGAUUCAAUGGUGUAUUUUUUUACUCAAUGUCUUUUGAUGUUCAUGUUUUUUAAUAUACUGUGAAAUGUCAUUAAAUAAAAAAUCUUCAAAGGAAAUAAAAGUAUAAU